AUGAUAGCCGCUGGACGGCGCCUCCCCACCCACAUCGACCCAGUUACCCAUGUCGGGGGUCUCGUUCUCAACGCCGGUCAUGCCACCGACCAUCAUAAUACCAUUUAUGUGAUGCACGGGUGGAAAUCAAUGCGGUUCGCCGAGGAACUAGUCCCGGGAGAGCUGUAUCGAUCCUACGUCAAAAUGAAUCUGGCCCGCAAUGGUUCGGGUCUCUUCCUCGGCGACGUCUACGUCCUGCGUGGGGACCGUGUUAUCGGAAAGGUCCGCGAGAUGGCAUUGCGUCCGCUGCAUCGUAUAUUGAUGAAUCGCUUCUUCGACCCCCCGGGCGACGGUGACGGGGUGUUGGCUCACCACAUCCAGCCCCGGGACCUGCCGCAGCUACAGCACCAACCCAGUCCGACGACAGAGUCAUCAUCCGGGUCCGACCAAAAGGACUCAGAUAUCGGCCCGCCUACCCCGGAAGUCGACUUGCCAAUCGCACCAUGUGAGAAGAAGGCGAACACUCAGCUUGUCCGUGACGCACUAGCUCUCCUCGCCGCCGAGACCGGAGUGGAACCGGACGGUCUGACCGAUGAAACUGAAUUUUCUACGCUCGGCAUAGAUUCGCUUCUGUCACUCGUCCUAGUGGAGAAGUUCUCGACCAAGCUGCAGGUUGAUAUCCAGAGUUCUAUAGCUGCCGUUACUAGCAGGGGCGUCAAUGCUUCUGGACGGGGCCGAACUCACAGAUCCUGCCCUCUUGCAUACCGUGGACAGCGACGCAAAGUGCACAGCAUAGGCAGCAAAUUGUUUUCUUCCAAGCUCCUGAAUCGCUUUGAAAGCCUUAUAAGGGCCCUCUGGCCACUCAUUCUCUGA